GCCGUCUGCGCAUGCGGAAGCCGGUUGCCUGCUAUCGCUCGAGGGAGGCGAAUGUUGCAUUUUUUGAGCUGAGGGGAGGGAAGGCAAGAAAGAAAGCAAGCCUGGCUGAAUGAGCGACUGGUGCUGGUUGUGUGAGGAGAGGUUAUGGAGGGUGGAGGCUGAGGGAGCGAGAACCAGGUUGGGGCAGGAUAGGUAAGGUCUGGCGAACACCUGAGGAGGAGGCGGCGGCGGCGGCGGCAGAGGAGAUACUAUUAAACAGGCUGAGGGUGGCCUUGGCCUAGGUGUGGGGAGAGCAGAAGUGAGGCUAUCCUCACAUAUAUGUGUUUGUGGGGGUAUUUAGUGAGAAAUAAUAUUGCAGUAGCAUAAUAGUGGGGAAAAUAGAGGGAGGCAGAAAGGAAGAAGCAGUUUUCUACACUGAGGAUGUAUGCUAUAGGAUUGGAGUAGCCUUGGGAGGCCUGUUUAUUUAGCUCUGAGUGUCUAAACUAUGUGAAAUAAUACUACAAUAGUAUAGUAGUGAGAGAGGGGGGCAGAAGAGGAGGAGGAGUUCCCUGAGGGUAGGAAAAAUGCAUGCUAUGGGGUUGGAGCAGUCUUAUAAUUAUGUGUAUGGUGAAUUUGUUUAGAUCUGAGUAUCCCAGCUGUGGAAAAUAACAUUGCAAUACGUUAGGGGUUGGGGAAAAGGGGCAGUGGAAAAGGAGGAGUACUUUUCCGGCAACAGGGAAAAAUGCAUGCAUUGCCGUGGGGUUGGAGUUGUCCUACAAGUGUGUAUGUGGGUGGUAUUCAGCUGUCUAAACUGUGUAAAAUAAACUCGCAAUAGUAUAGUAUAGUAUGGGGAAAGGGGUGGAGCAGUUCUUUGAGAAGAGGAAAAUGCAUCCUAUGUGGGUGGAAUAAUCUUGCAACUGUGUGUGUCUAAGGGGCAGGGUGGGGUGUGUUUAAAGAGAGAGGCUGCAAAGCAUUGGGGGAGGUAGUUGUAGGGAGAAGGGAUUGCAGGAAGGGGAUUCUCAGUAGGUAGAGAGUGUCUCUGAUUUGGGAACUGACUAGAGAAGGGGAGUGGCUCAAGGGUCAGGAUGGGUGGGGAGGGAGCUGAUAUGGGGGAGCCUGGGGAGGGUGGGGAGGAGAGUGGUGAGCCCUUGAAGGUGGCUGUGGUGCAUCCCUUUCAGCAGAAUGGAUGCCUCUUAGGCAAAGAGAUUGAACACAGCAGCUGCUCCACACCUUUGGUAGCUGAGAGUGAUGUGGAAGUUGGAAGCGGCAUCCAUUCCUUUCCAAAUCUUGAGGAGCAUCCUGAGGUGGAAGCUAUGCUGUCCUCCUCCACCUCCACGGCUGGAAGGAAGCUGACCCCUCGGCUUUCCAAGCGCAGACUGGUGGUGCUGGCUAUCUUCAGCUUGUACUCCCUGGUAAAUGCCUUCCAGUGGAUCCAGUAUAGUAUACUGACAACUAUCUUUAUUGAAUACUACAAUGUGUCCACUUCUCAGAUUGAUUGGCUCUCCAUGGCAUACAUGGUGGCAUACAUUCCUCUGAUUUUUCCUGCCACUUGGCUGCUAGACAUUCGUGGCCUUCGCCUCACUGCCUUGCUGGGCUCUGGACUCAACUGUUUGGGUGCUUGGAUUAAGUGUGCCAGCAUUCAAAGAAACCUCUAUCCAGUUACCUUGUUGGCACAGAUUGUGUGUUCCGUAGCUCAGGUUUUUAUUUUGGGACUGCCCUCUCGGAUUGCCUCUGUCUGGUUUGGACCCAAAGAAGUGUCUACUGCUUGCGCUGUAGCUGUUCUGGGAAAUCAGCUAGGCACAGCAAUUGGCUUCUUAUUGCCCCCAGUCUUAGUUCCAAACACACUUGAUGAUAUGGAUCUCAUGGGAUAUAACAUCCGAAAUAUGUUCUAUGGAACAGCAGCCAUAUCUACAUUCCUGUUUGUCCUAGUAGCACUUGUGUUUAAGGAAAAACCUAAAUAUCCUCCAAGUCAGUCUCAAGCAGUUCUCCUAGAUGUAUCUACAGAAGAUCACUCGUAUAUAAAAUCAAUUGCCAACCUGUUCAAAAAUGUUCCUUUUGUUCUUUUGCUGAUAAGUUAUGGAAUAAUGACUGGAGCUUUUUAUUCAGUUUCAACUCUACUAAACCAAAUGAUAGAUUCUCAUUAUAAAGGAGAAGAAGUGAAUGCAGGAAGGAUUGGCCUGACACUUGUGGUAGCUGGCAUGGUGGGCUCAAUUAUUUGUGGUUUAUGGCUGGAUCGCACCAAAACAUACAAGCAGACAACAUUAAUUGUGUAUAUCCUCUCCUUUGUUGGGAUGAUUGUAUUCACAUUCACCUUGGAUUGUGGUCACCUGAUAGUUGUAUUUGUGACUGGUGGAGCACUUGGCUUCUUUAUGACUGGUUACCUCCCCCUUGGAUUUGAAUUUGCUGUAGAAAUCACAUACCCAGAGCCAGAAGGCACCUCAUCAGGGCUUUUGAAUGCUUCAGCACAGAUAUUUGGAAUAAUCUUUACACUAAUUCAAGGGAAACUCACAACAAAUUUCAAUCCUCGUGCAGGAAACAUUUUCCUCUUUGUAUGGAUGUUUAUAGGUAUCAUUUUAACAGCUUUAAUCAAAUCAGAUUUGCGGAGGCACAACGUGAAUUCAGGGAUAAAUGUUGAUGCUAAAUCUGCACCAGUUGAUUCUAAAACAGAAGAUGGACUCAAUAAAAUUGUAUCAAAAAGCCAACCUGAAACAAAAAUUUAAACAGGAUGAUGCUAAAGUUCUGUAGUUGUCACAUUAUACCAAGUGGAAGUAGCCUGAUCAUAAGAUUUGUAUUCCUGAAGGUAGAGCCAUGGCUUCCAGCAGAGAUAAUGCCACACAAUUUCUGUAUAAACUAAAAUGCACAUACAUUACUGGGGACACAUUUUCCAGUGAUUAUACUGAGAAGUUCCACCAUGUUUUUUUAAACGCAUUCUUACCUUAUUUCUGAAAUCUAUAUUUUUAAAACUAUAUGAGACCAAUUUCAAUGCUAUGACAAGUCGCAAAUAGGUUCAGAUUGAAAACAGCACAGUCCUUUUCCUUUCCCCAAAGAUUCACUCCCUGGAUUUUGGAGCAGGUUUUUGGUGCACGUGAAAGGACCACUAAAAGAGUGGAUUGUCUCCUCCUUGGACUGAAUUCUGUUUUGGAGCAAAUAGAUGACCAGAGAUAGACAUGGCCCACGAAAUGUAUGCAGUGAAUGGACUGCCAUAUGUUAAGGAAGUGUGUUUUUUACUUGGAUUUUUAUUGUCAUUAUUUGGAAAUGUUCACCUACCCUUUUGGUGGAAAUGUCAUUGCACACCCAGAGUUUUAGAAUUGCAAAUAUUGAAUGUGCUGUGCUGUACGUUUUAUUUGUCAUUUAUUUUGAUUUUAGAAUCAUUAUGAUUUAUGAAAUUUUUGAAUGCACAUCAAGGACCUAUAUACAUUUUUUAUUCACUGGCAAUACUUUUCAGCCUGUUAUUUUCCUUUGCAUUCUAAAAAAUGCAUAUUUUUGUUGCAUGGGAAUGGCAAAGAAGUAUUUCCAAAUCUUUCAAAAGCUGUUCUGUUAGCUGCUCUCCACUUGUUCAUGAAUGUGUUUUAGCGAACAAGAGAUGUGAGUGAAUUGAAGAGCCCACAGUGGGUCUUCUGUUUCACCUGGUCAUAGAUAUAUUCAGAUUUGUAAGAUUACCAUGUGAUUCAGUGAAUCAUGUAACAGAAGAAUCAGGACUCAUUUCUAAGGCUGUGAUUCCUUUUUGCAGUUGGGAGAAUAUGCCAGUGUGUGUGUUUGCUGACUGGUGGAAGUUCAUGAGUUUUUAUCUGUCUAGAAAUAUUAACUGUAUGUCUCCUAAAUCUUCUUCCAUCAUGGUAUCCCUUUACAGUUUGCCUGGGAAUGAAUAAUUAUUAACCCUUCCAUCCCCCCUACUUUUAAAGAAAGAAUGAAAGUGAAAAGUUUCUUUUCCUGAGCAAAUCAAUGCUGCUACUAUCAAUUAUCAAAUCAGUAGGAACAAUUUUUCUCCUGUUUGAAAUGGAAGACAAUUUUAUUUUCUAUUGCGAAUUCUUCUGAUAUGAUAGUGUAAGUGCAUUUACUCUGUAGCAUCUCUCUACUAACCUAUGGUAGAUCAACACUGUGGAAUGCAUGCAGUUUAACACAACUUUAACUGUCAUGGUUCAAUGGUUGGAAACCCCAAAAGGUGUUGUUUUACAAGGCAUUUCACCUUCUCUGCCAAAGAGUGCUGGUUCCUCACAAAACUACAACUUCUAGUAUUCCAUAGCGAUUAACCAUGGUAGUUAAAGUAAUUUCGCACUGCAUUAAUUCUGCACUGUAGAUGGACCCUUAAAGAGAAAAGGCAUGAUCCUACUAAAAUAGACUUCUGAAGUCCCAUUAUCUGAAAUAGGACAAAUUUCCUCUGUUUUAAAAACCAGUUUGCCUGGGUUGCUGAGAAAAUUCAGAAUUUUCCUGAGAAUAAUGCCUGUUAAAAUUGUGUGUGUCUGUGUAUAUUGAACCCUUCUUAUGUAAGCAGUCAUUUAGUCAUACUCAGUCUUUCCAGUGGGACAUGUGGCCUGUUGCUAGCACAGCUGCAACCUUUCUUCAUGACUUCAAUGAUAUAGGAAUACAGGCAGUUCCACUGAAGCUUUAUCACCAGUCCUUGUUUCCACAAGAAGCCAUUUCCAAAACGCAAUUAUUACAGGGUCAGAAAGUGAGGUGAAAUUUUCUGAACAGGGGCACAGACAGCAAAACAAACACCACAGGGAUGUUAACUCUCCCCUGCGCUAUCCAAAGGCCCCCCAUGCAUAUAUGGCUGAAGUUACACUUUAAAAAUGUACAUGUUCUAACUUAUAUGCAAAUUCAACUCAAGAACAAACCUACAGAAUUUAUCUUGUUCAUAACGUUGGGGAUUGCCUCUACUAAUUUUGUCCCUGUUAGUAUUCACCUUAUGUAUAGACCUAAUGCUAAAAAUACUGUUAGUUCAGUGGUCACUAGUACUAGUUACUACUUCCUCAGUAUACUUCAGGGUUGAUCCUAUGUCAUAAUAUAGUGAUGCUGACAUUUAGGUCACACUGCUUUUUAAAUAUUAGAUCCUGGACAUGAAAGCUUGUUCUGAUGCCUAAUUUAGAAGGGCUGUUCUCACUGUCUAACAAUGCACUAUCUUCAGCACACAUUAUGUGCUAGUAUUAUCAUCCAUUUAUGUGCAGCUGAAUGUCAACAAGUUCUUUAAAAACCGUUGUCUAAAUCUGGUUAUGCUAGAUAUACAUGUUCAGUAUCUUGAAUACAGCUUGCAUCCCCAGUCUAGAAUUGAAGUGACCAACAUCCCUACCCCUUUGUCCUAGCUUUAAUGUGGAGUUUAGAGCUCAAAGAGAUGUUGGGUUCCUUUUUUAUAGCAUUCAGUUCAUAGUUUUGAAACCUUAAUCCUUUUAAGUCUCCUGUUUCUUGCCAAAGUGCAAAGUUACUCUUUACAAACUGUAAAGCUUUAAAUACAUUUGACAUGGCAGAGGACCUGCUGUGCUUUUGAAACAAGGUAGUCUUAUAAUGAGGGCUUAAUUGCAGCUAAGAUGGAUUGAUUCUGAAAUAAGACCAUGUAGGUCUUAGCCUGGGCUUUGGUCACAUAUCAACAAAUUGUUUUAUAUUAAACAUAUAAAGAGGUGCUUUGCAAGUUUUAACUAAUGAAUUGGCUUGCAUAGUAUUGGUCAACAGGUAAGUGUGCAUUUAUAGCAUCCCUUAUAGCAGGGGUCCCCAAACUAAGGCCUGGGGGCCGGAUGCGGCUCAUCGAAGCCAUUUAUCCGGCCCCCAUGGCACAAGGGCAGAAGGGGGUUGGGCUAAAUGACCCAAGGGGUCUCUUCUCUUCCAACCCUUAUUAUUAUUAUUAUUAUUAUUAUUAUUAUUAUUAUUAUUAUUAACAUUGAGGCUGGGUGGCCAUCUGUCAGGAGUGCUUUGCUUGUGCUUUCGGUGCACAAAGGCAGAAGGGGAUUGGACUAAAUGGCCUAAGCGGUCUCUUCCAACCCUCUUUAUAUUAUUAUUAUUAUUAUUAUUAUUAUUAACAUUGAGGCUGGGUGGCCAUCUGUUAGGAGUGCUUUGCUUGUGCUUUCGGUGCACAAAGGCAGAAGGGGAUUGGACUCAAUGGCCCAAAGGGUCUCUUCCAACACUUUUUUAUUGUUGAUACUGUUGUUGUUGUUAUUGCUCGGUGGCCAACUAUAGUCCGGCCCUCCAACGGGCCGAAGGAUCGUGAACUGGCCUCCUGUUUAAAAAGUUUGGGGACCCCUGCCUUAUAGUUUUCCUUUUUUAAGCUCUUGCGGGAAUCUAAAGAGAAAUGAAAGAAACCAAAAGUAUGUUUGAUCUCUCAUAUAACAUUAUUUUGGAACUCUGAUCAAGCCCAAAGCUCUUCUUGACCCUUAAAUGUUGCCCACCCAUACUUUAGAUUAUGUGUGUGUUGGUUUAAUUCUUAGAAUAUGUCUUUGAUAUGCUGUAUCCCCAGUAAAUUAACUGUUCCAUACUUUUAAAUGGUUUUCAAGUACUGUAUAAUUUUAACAUCCACAAUGUCAGUUAUAGUAGACCCUUCAUGAACUGAACGUUGGAUCUGCAUAAUUUCAUUUUGUGUUUUUAGACUUGUUUACUGCUCUGUGUGCUCAAAAUGAACAAACCUUGAAACUGCUUUUUAAUGUUCUUUGCAAAUGUUGAUUAUUAUCAUGUUUUCUCCCAAGUUGACCUCAUUUUGGAGCAAGUGUGUGAUGUAUGUGCAAGCCUGUGAGACAGAAAAGUCUACAGUAGUACUGUACCUACAAUUUUGACGGCAUGUGUAGGAUUUCUGUGUCUCAGUAUUUUUACCAUUGUGUAGACAUAAUCACAUUUAAAAAUUGUGUUAUGAAAUGCACAUUUUUCCUGAUGAAUAUGUAAGUGCCUCCUCUGUUAAUGCUUUUAUUCAGUAUAGUAUUUCUUGUCCUUUUUGAUAAGCCUCUCAAAGAAGUUAAUGGCAUGACUAAAUCCAGAAGCCAAGCUCUUAAACCCCAGGGCAGGAUGGAUGGAAAACAUGCAUUCCUCCAGAUGUUAUUGGACUAUGAAUCCUAUUGUUCCUUAAUAUUGACAAUGCUGGUUUAGGUUGUUGAAACUUGUAACCCCACUUAUAGAGAGUUGCAUGAGUCCAACCCUGCUCUAAACCAAUGUUUCUGCCUUGUGUCUUAGAGAUGAAGGGGGGCAGGAAACUUUGAUUUUCUGUGCAGUACUAUGUCAGUUACAUAGUCAGGGCUUCCACUGAGCCAUCUGAAAGCCUACAUGUACUCCUAGGUUAAAAAUUAUCUCUAUGAUCCAUUCAUUAAUCAGCUUGUUUGUGGAUCUUCUUUCAAAAAGGUACCAAAUCCAUCUAACAAAUUUUACAGGAAUUGAAGAAAUGUGCUGUGGGUAGGCAUUUUGCUCUAAAAUGUCGUUUUCCACAUCCUGCACCAAAGUAGUUUGAUACAUUUUGAUAGCUUUGAUCUCUACAUGAGUCCCCUCAGGUGAGAAAGGUGGGGCAAAAAUGUUGUAAAUAAAUAAAUAGCCAACAAUGUUCUGCCACCUAUAACUCAUUUUUCAUUUUGUUUUUAUUUGGUACCUUUUUGGAAAUGAACUCCACAUUUGUUUCAAGACUGUGUUAUCCCGUUUGCCAGGACACUGUUAUUAAUCUGUACUACAGAUGUCUUUCCAAAUAUUAAUGUACUUGCCUACCUGAUCUUAUAACUGCGGAAGGCUCUUCAGCACUGACAGCAAAAUGAACUCUUGGAUCCGCUUAUCUUAUGACAAUGCAAUGGCACAAGGACAGAUUAAACCAAAUCUGGACCCUAAGUUCUCACAACAUGUUUACUAGUGUAUUUAAUAGAGUCAGAUAGAACUAAUGCAAUCCUGGAAUGUCUUAAAAUAGUUGCCUCUGAUUAAGUUUGUAAACUCUGUAUCAGUUGCUUUAGCCAAUUUUAUAUGUCCUGCCUUUGACUAUCUUAAGAGGAAAUGAUGACAUUUUCUGUGCUGACGCUCCUUGUGGGUCAUGUGGAUAUGAAUGGGAAAACAUGAAUAUUGAAAUGACAAUAAUCUGGGUAGGCAAAAUGGAACCCUCCAAAUGUCAUUGGACUCUUAACAUUUCUCAGCAUUGAAUAUGCUGGCUAGGGGCCAAGGGCAGAUGAGCAUUGCAGUUCAAGCAUUUUGUAGGGUUGCAUUUUAGCCUGCCAUCAAUGAGACCUCUCUGUGAAUGGAUGCCGUGUUUCAUUAAUUAUUCCAAGUACAGUAUUUUUUAACUGUCAUAUCUGUCAUAUCUCCACUGGGCAUAUUUCCCACAAUCACUGUGAUAUUUUAAAAUUUGCUGUAAAUGGCUGACUAUUUUUAAAAAUUUACUCCUUUUUAAUAGCUCUCUUUUGAAUUAGCAAACCAUAUCUCGAUCCAGUGUUUUAUUCAUUUUUUCUAAAGGCAUGUUAUUCAGCAUUAUCUGCAUGCUACUUUUGAGGCAUAAAAUGACCUAUGGUCCAUUCACAUUAUAUCAUUACGGCAUGAUAUUCCAUUUAACUCUCAUGGUAGCUUCCUAGGGAAUCCAGGGAUAUGCAGUUUAGGGGAGGUCAGUUAGAAUGUUCAACCAGAGAGCUAUAGUGCCUGUCCGAACUACAAAUCCAAGGAUUCCAUUGGAUGUUAAUCUGGUAUUUAAAGUGACAUCAUAUUGCUAUAUGCGUAAUGUGGAAGUGACCUUGGUUUCUAGAUGGCACCAAGCCACACUAUGUACCACCUGUUUGCACAUGAUUUCAUUUUCAGAUAUCCUUCCAAGCCCUGUGCUAUAAGUAUUAGACCAAACUAUUGAAGCUUAGAAACCUACUUAAAGACAUGACUGUGCUAGCCUUGGAUUUGAUCUGUUUGUUGCAGAUUCUUGCUCUGUAUAUUUGUCAACAUGGGGGUUGUUUUGGAGAAAUCGCAGUAUAAAAGGGUCAAGCAGUAGUCUGCAGAGCUCUGAUGAAUACUAUAAAGACUAUGAAAUACUUUCCUCAUUGCAAGUGUGUUCCCAGUGAAUAAAUAUAGCUCCUCUUCCUAACAGACCAUUUUAUCUAAUUAAUCAUGGCGAUGUCGAGAAUUGUCUGAAAAUUUAAUACCUGCUUAACUGCAGUAAAAAACAAAAGGACUGACUGUCGGAAAAGGUACCUAUACCAUGGCUUUCUUAAUGAAUUAGUAUGGUAGAUAUUGAUGGUUAGAAACAAGUUAAAGCGCAUACAAUUGCCAAAUUUAAGGUCUGACUUUCGGUCUGCAUAUUGAAUAUAUUUUUAUCCAUUUUGAUACAAUAAUGAUACAAAAGAAGGCUUAGUCACUAGCCUCCCUGUAAGAUAAUCCUCCAGAGUUCAAUUUUGCAUAUCUAAUGGCAAUCAAGAACAACUACCAGAGUUUUUGUUUAAAAGUAGAGCUGUCCUGUAAUGGAGUCUCUCCAGGCCUGCACUUUAGACUUGUGUCUGAGGGGCUAUAGUCGUGGUUCUCAACCAGAUGUUUUGGCCUUUAACUCCCAGAAAUAGUAACAGCUGGCAAGCUGGCUGGGAUUUCUGGGAGUUGUAGGCCAAAACACCAGGGACCCACAGGUUGAGAACCACUGUGCUAUAGGAAGAAGCAAAAUGACCCUGAAAGGGUUUCAGUGGAGCCCCAGCAUCUGAUGGGGAGAUAGGAUCUCAGAUACUUCUCAGUCAAUCCUGGUUUUUAACCAGCUUCCUCUCUUAUUGGAACUCUAGUUUUGGAGCAGAGAGGAAAAGGCAUUUUGUGUUAGUGGGAGCACAUAUGAACCUUCUGAAUCUACAGUCUUAUCGAGCUCCAAUUACAUUCCCAGCAUGUUGGGAUUCAGUCUAGUCCAAACCGGUCUUCAUGAAUUUCCAGAGGGAAGGGGUUGAGUUAUAUUUAAGAAAGAACAAUAGCUUCCUCUACAUUUUGCCUUAGGGAAAAAAGGCUUUUGGACAGUAUCUUUUCAUUAGACCUUCAGUUCCCUUAGAGUUGUGUCCUAAAAUAUAAAUACCAGUAUGAAACGUUUUAGAUCUGGGAGGGGUAUAAUAGUAACUACGGACCUGGUGAGGCCCAACCACUGCAGAGUUGUUGUCCUGGCCAUGAUUUUUUCUAUGUCUCGGACCCAUGAGCUUCCUAAUUGAGAUGGUUACAAGUCAGCAAAUGACAAAUUAGAAAAAUAAACAUAUCCUUGUCCUCUUGAAUGUAUUUGAACUGUAACUCAUUUUUGUAUUGUUUGUACUUGCCUAUAUUGGGGGUAUCUCUAUUGCUGUACUACUAAAUAAAAGUCUUGUGGAAAGA